CGUGCAUUUGUCUGAUCUAUGGACACCAAGGUCCCUCCAUCCGUAUAGCUGGGACAGAGACAGGAGACAUCAUGACCCCCAUCCUCACGGCCUUGCUCUGUCUAGGGCUGAGUGUGGGCUUCAGGACCCAAGUGCAGGCAGGGACCCUCCCCAAACCCACCAUCUGGGCUGAGCCAGGCUCUGUGAUCCCCAUGGAGACAUCAGUGACCCUCUGGUGUAAGGGGAGCCUGAAAGCCCAGGAGUACAUCCUGUAUAAAGAUGGAUACUCAGAGACCUGGGAGGUGCAGAAGCCACUGGAGCCGAAGGACAAGGCCAAGUUCCCUAUCACAUACAUGACAAGUGUAUAUGCAGGACGGUAUCGCUGUUACUAUAAAAGCCCCACUGGCUGGUCAGAGUCCAGUGACCCCCUGGAGCUGGUGGUGACAGGGAUGCACAGCAAACCCAGGCUCUCAGUCCUGCCCAGCCCUAUCGUGCCCUCAGGAGGGAAUGUGACCCUCCAGUGUGGUUCAUGGAGAGGAUUUAACAUGUUUAUUCUGCUGAGGGAAGUAGAAGGCCAGCCCUCCUGGACCCAGGACUCCCAGCGAGCCCCUAGUGGAGAGUUCCAGGCUCUGUUCCCUGUGGGCCCCGUGAUCCCCAGCCUCAUGUGGACAUUCAGAUGCCAUGGUUUUUACAGCAACACCCCCCAGGUGUGGUCACUCCCCAGUGACCCUCUGGAGCUGCUGGUCUCAGGUGUGUUGGGGAAGCCCUCUCUCUUGACCCAGCAGGGCCCUGUUGUGACCUCUGGACAGAACCUGACCCUCCAGUGUCUCUCUGAUGUCAGCUACGACAGAUUCGCUCUGUCCAAGGAAGGGACAAGUGACCUCCUUCAGCUUCAUGGCCGGCAGACUCAGGCUGGGUUCUCUGGGGCAGACUUCUCCCUGAGCCCAGUGAAAUCCUCCCACGGGGGCCAGUACACAUGCUACGGUGGACACAACCUCUCCUCUCAGUGGUCAGCCCCCAGUGACCCCCUAGACAUCCUGGUCACAGGACAGCUCUCCUAUACACCCUCCUUAUGGGUGCAUCCAGGACCCACGGUGGCCCCAGGAGAGAAUGUGACCCUGCUGUGUCAGUCACUGAGCAAUGUGGACACAUUCCUUCUGUCCAAGGAUGGGGCAGCUGAUGCCUCCCUGCGUCUUAGAUCGAAGUACCGAGCUGGGAAGUAUGAGGCUGAAUUCUCCAUGAGUCCUGUGACCCCAGCCCAUGGGGGGACCUACAGGUGCUAUGGCUCUAUCAAAACCUCCCCCUACCUGUUGUCAUACCCCAGUGUCCUCGUGGAGAUCCUGGUCUCAGGAUCCUUUGGACACCAUGGCCCCCCACCCACAAUAUCCAGCCCAACAGCUGCUCCUGCCCAAGGUCCUAGCUGGUACCUCUACAUCCUCAUCGGGGCCUCGGUGGCCUUCAUCCUGAUGCUCUGCCUCCUUAUCCUCCUCCUGGUCCGACAGCAACAUCGGGGCAAAUGCAGGAAGUUGAGGGAUGCAGACCCAGAGCCCAAGGACAGAGGCCUGCAGGACAGCUCCAGGCCAGCUGCUGUCGCCCAGGAGGAAACCCUCUAUGCUGCUGUGCAAGACACAUGGCCUGAGGAUGGGGUCAAGCUGGACCAUUGGCAGAACACACAGGAUGAAGAUCCCCAGGGAGUGAUGUACGCCCAGGCUGCUGCAUCUGACGCCCCCCCAGAUGUGACCUACGCUCAGCUGAACCACUUGACCCUUAGACAGAAGACAAGUGCAUCCUCUCCCUCCCAGUCAGGGGAGCCCCCAGCAGAGCCCAGUGUGUAUGCUGCCCUGGCCAUCCACUAAUCCAGAAAGGACCCAGACCCCAUACUCCAGGGAGGGGGACCCCAUGGACCCUAGGAAGGCACAGGACCUGCCCACAGUGGGUGCUACCUGGUUGUGGACUUCUCCUAGAGACCAGUUGGAACUCCUGGGGUCCUCUGAGAGUCACUCGAUUCUUCCCUCAAAGAUACUCCUGCACUUUGGAAAUUAAAGCAAUGAACUUCUCAAUAAUCCAGGAGUGAAAUGAGAAAACCAAAAUGGAAAUGAGAGAAUGUUUACACUGAAGGAUCAUGUAAAACAUUACACAUCAAACCUGAAAUGGGAAAUUAAGAACCAAGAACAAAAUGUUUAGGAAGGAAAAAGCCUAAAAAAAAUGAAUGACAUAUUCUAUCAUAUCAAGAAUUUAGAGAAAGAAUAACAAAUGAUUCCAAAUGAAGGUAAAGGAUGAAAAUAAUGAGAAGAGUAGCUAAGAAUAAGGACAAAAAUUUUUUUAAAAAAUCAAUAAAGCCAAAAAUGUUCAUUUUUGUGAACAUUGUUCAAUUUUAUAAAUCUUAGCAACAACCACUAAGAAAAGAGAUAGAAAAGGGCGGGCACAUGUCGCCAUUAUCAGGACACCAUCACAUCCUACAGACUAUAAAUUGAUAACAGAAUAUUAGAACAGUUUUAUUCUGAUAUAUGAGAAAAUGUAGAUGAAACCGUCAAAAUCCUCAAAACAGAAGCUACCAAAAUGAUGGAGAGGUAGAAAAUGUGUGUCACCUUAUGUGUAUAUAAAAUGCAAUGACAUGUGAUCAAAAACUGCUCCCCAACUGAAGUAUGUGGAAAGUGAGAGAAACAGCAGAGUGGUGGCUGCCACGGCUGGGGUUGUGGAAAUGGAGAGGCCCUGGUCAGGGUGAUAGGUAGUUGAUGAACAAGCUCUACAUGGUUAUAAGAGCACAAGUUCGAGGGAUCUGAUGUACAGCAUGGUGACCACAGCUCAUAACACUUUAUCAUAUUUUUGAAUGCAGUGAAAGGAGAUCUUAAAUGUUCUCAUCACAUACAAGAAAGGUAACUAUGUUGUGGGAUGGAAGUGUGAACUAACUUCAAGGGGAUAAUCAUUUUGUAAUAUAUAAAUGUGUCUGUUGAGGAGGCAACUUCCUCCACUUAUGCAUUUAGGAUACACACACACACACACACACACACAUGCAAUGCAUACACACAUGCAUAUACACGUGCACACACACACUCUCACACAAGUGUACACACAUGCAUAGUCUCAAGCACACAGGCAUGCACACAUACACACUCAUGCACACCCACAUACAUACACACACACAAAAAUUACACAAACCUUUCCUGAGUAGAGAAAAAGAAGUAAGAUUGUAUCAGGCCAAGAAAACAUUGACACCAAAACCUGGCAAGGAAAUUACAGAAUAGAAAGGCCCAGAAAGAUCUCUCACAUAAAUUUAGAUGUCAAUCUCUAAAAAUUGUUCACAAAUAAGAAUCAGUAAUGCAUAAAAAGAACACUACAUCAUAACCACACUGGAUUUUGAUGGGAGAGGAAGAACAAGUAGCUUCAAAUUUUAAAACUCAAUCAAUAUAAUCUGAUACACUUAGAGAAAAAUGACCAUCUCACAAACCAGAGGGGAGGGGAGGUGGAGAGGGGUGAAACAGGUGAAAGGGAUUAAGAGAGACAAACUUCCACUUAAUAGGGCAGCCCCGGUGGCUUACGCAGUUUAGUGCUGCCUUUGGCCCAGGGUGUGAUUCUGGGGAUCUGGGAUCGAGUCCCGCGUCAGGCUCCCUGCAUGGAGCUUGCUUUUCCCUCUGCCUGU